UGACAAACUGAGCCCUUGUGGAUCUAGUCAAGCUAAUGAGUCUCUCAAUAAAACAAUUGCUAGCACUGCUCCUAAACAUCUUCAUUAUGGAGGAUCAUCGUCGAAUGACAUUCGAGUAAGUGCAGCAAUAAUCCAUAAAAAUCUUGGUCAUGUAUCUAUAGAUAGUAUUAACAAAAAAAUGAACAAUUCACCUACAACGAAGUCAUCAAUGACAUAUCGAAUGAAAAAGGAUGAAAUUUCAUGCCGACGAAAGGCUCAAGCACAGACGGUUGAGUUUAAAAAACGUCGGAGGCAGCUUUUUAAUCGUAAGACUAAUCAAUGUAAUAAAGCUGUUCGCAAGGAAGGAAUAUGUUAUGAGUCAGGUUGUGGUUUGGAUGUUGGAAUUGAUUUUGUAGACACCGUUACUGUGAAUCCUAAAGUUAAUUUAUCGUCAGCUGUAGUUGUUUUUUUUGAUUUAGAAACAACGGGACUUGAUGCAAGUAAAGAAGUCGUUCAAAUAGCUGCAAAGUACUCUGAUGUAGAAUUUGAUAUUUAUAUCAAACCAGAGCGCGAAUUUUCUUUACAAGCAUCAAAAAUCACAGGGCUUGAGUUGAAAAAUAGUACUUAUAUUGCCAAUUCCAAUCUUGGAAGGGCUCAUUCAAAAGUAAAUGCCGCAAAGAGUUUGUUACAAUUUUUAAAAUCAAUAAACAGUCCAAUCAUUUUGGUUGCUCAUAAUUGUUUUAGGUUCGAUUGUCCAACGCUAUUGAAUUUUAUAAGAAAUGAAGGCCUAUUGAAUGAGUUUUCGGAAUUAGUUGCUGGAUUUGCUGAUUCUUUACCUUUAUUUAAAUCUAAACUUAAAGAUAAACGUGGAACGAAAGCCAGUUACAGACAGGAGGUAUUAGCUGAAGAGUUUUUAAAUGCUAGUUAUUGA